AUGGACGGUGGCACAUCUAGCAAGAGACGAGUGGAAGCCUCGGGCGAGGGAGAGAGCAGCGGCAAGAGGCAGAAUGUCACCAUGGGGAUGGACGCCCUCGACUGCCCCGUCUGCUUUCAUCCCCUCAGGCCUCCGAUAUACCAGUGUUCUGUGGGGCAUUUCGUAUGCUCGUCUUGCCGCCCGAAGCUCGUGCGCAACAAGUGUCACUUGUGCUCUGCCGAAACUACCUUCAAGCGCUGUCUAGGGAUGGAACGUCUCAUGGAAUCAGUCACAGUCGCUUGCUGCAAUGCCAAUUAUGGAUGCGCCCAAAAGCUGACUUACUACCAAAGGGAAGAACACGAGGAGGCAUGCCCUAACACCCCAUGUUUCUGCCCGGAGUCCAGCUGCAGCUUUGCAGGGCCAACAGACGCCCUCCUUGAACAUUUUGCCUCCCAGCACAAGUGGCCAUGUACAACCAUCAAAUACUAUGAAGAUGUUAAGUUCCACCUAGAACCAGGUCUACAUUUUCUUCGUACCGAAGAAAGGGUAAUUUUCUUGCUCAACGUGGCACUAGAGCCAGUCGGGCAUGCCAUCUCUGUUGUCUGCAUCCAACCUAAAGGUACAAACUCCAAGUUCAAAUGUCAAAUGUCCUACAGUUGCUUUACAACUGGCUAUUAUCAGAGUUCAACGUACAAGAUACGAAGCUCAUCGCUGUCUGAUGGGCUACCAAAGGGAUACAACCUAAUUCUGCCCAAGGAUGAGGUACCUGAUGAUGGAAAGGGCAUCCCGCUUAGGUUCUGCAUUCAUGAUCCUACUAAAAUAAAGGUGCACGAGCCCAUUUAUCUGAAGCUAGUACAGGGUGUAUGA